CCGCGGAUAUGAGUCAUAAACGCAUUUUAGACGGACCGCCAAUAACAACAACACUAUAAACCCAUGGGCAAUUUUAAUAAAUCAUGUGAAAUUGACAUUUUUCGGAGACGGGACCAUGCAACCAUUGAUUCAACAUUCCACCAUAUACUGUCUGCUCUUUGUUGCAACUCACUUUGUGAACAAGUAUGUGCUAUCAGUGCUGGAAUUCCAGUUUCCAACAAUAUUUCAAGGAUGGCAGACCCUCGUUGGGUUCCUGAUGUUAAGUCUUCUGGGGGCAUCUGGACAUCUGCCCAGUCUGAUGGUGACUGCCACAAGACAGGACAUUGCUAGCUGGCUGCCUGGUAUGAUGCUUUUCGUAGCUUCAAUCUAUUCCUGCUCCAAGGCACUUGCUACACUGUCCAUGCCAGUGUUUUUGUCCUUGCACAAUUUAAUCAACGUGAUUGUCUGCAUUGGACAGGUAGUCCUCUUUAGACAGAUGACAAGUGUGUACAGUUACAUAAUGUUGAUGACUGUCCUGAUGUCCUCGGUUCUUUUAGCACUGAAUGACCCAGAUUUUCAUUCUGGUGGCUACUAUUGGAUGUGUGUAUAUGUAUUUACAUCAGGUGGCAUUGCACUUUUUUCAAAAUAUGCAAGGGGCCGAGUCAAAUUAAGUGCUCAUGAGAAGCUGUACUGCAAUUAUUUAUAUAGUGUCAUAGUGUUGGCACCCUCCAGUUACUUUUUAGGAGAUGCUGUGAAGGCCGGAGAAUAUCCUUAUCUUUUUUAUUCCAAAUUUUACAUUGGAUGUAUUAUGAGUGGUCUGUUUGGUGUUUUUCUCAGUUUGUGCAACAUUAAGCUUCUGGAGCUCGAUGUUGACCAGGUCAAAAUAUCACAUAUAUGUGGAUUGUCAAAGCUCGCAACAUCUGUCUUAUCACUGGGCUUCUUCAGAAUCAACGUCACUGCCAAUAGUCUGCUCUUCAUAUGCAUCAACCAGCUGGCGGCGAUUGUAUGCGAGGAUUGUUCCAAACUAGAGCAGCCUCAAGAACAUCCUUUACCCUUACAUCUCACUCAGCAAACUUUGAAUACCAGAGACUUUAUAAAGACAAUGUAAUGUGAUGAUAUUUAUUCGUAUAUGAAGAAAAUAUUAUGUUAAUUAUUGUUGUUGUGAUAUAUAUAAUCAUCGAAACAUUCAUAGUCGAUAACGAUAUAUUGUUGUACCUAGUUAUCCAUUCACUGGAUCGUAAUUGUUAAGUUUUUUAUGUCCCCCGCUAUAGUAGUGGGGGACAUAUUGUUUUUGCCCUGUCUGUUGGUCUGUCUGUUGGUCUGUUGGUCUGUCUGUUUGCGCCAACUUUAACAUUUUGCAAUAACUUUUGCUAUAUUGAAGAUAGCAACUUCAUAUUUGGCAUGCAUGUGUAUCUCAUGAAGCUGCAAAUUUUGAGUGGUGAAAGGUCAAGGUCAAGGUCAUCCUUCAAGGUCAGAGGUCAAAUAUAUGUGGCCAAAAUCGCUCAUUUUAUGAAUACUUUUGCAAUAUUGAAGAUAGCAACUUGAUAUUUGGCAUGCAUGUGUAUCUCAUGGAGCUGCACAUUUUGAGUGGUGAAAGGUCAAGGUCAAGGUCAUCCUUCAAGGUCAGAGGUCAAUUAUAUGUGGCCAAAAUCGCUCAUUUUAUGAAUACUUUUGCAAUAUUGAAGAUAGCAACUUGAUAUUUGGCAUGCAUGUGCAUCUCAUGGAGCUGCUCAUUUUGAGUGGUGAAAGGUCAAGGUCAUCCUUCAAGGUCAGAGGUCAAAUAUAUGUGGCCCAAAUCGCUUAUUUUAUGAAUACUUUUGCAAUAUUGAAGAUAGCAACUUGAUGUUUGGCAUGCAUGUGUAUCUCAUGGAGCUGCACAUUUUGAGUGGUGAAAGGUCAAGGUCAUCCUUCACAAGGUCAAGGUCAUCCUACAAUGUCUAACAUCAUAUAGGGGGACAUUGUGUUUCACAAACACAUCUUGUUUCGGUAUAUAUUUGUGCAUUUAUUUAAAAUGUGAGUACAUUUCUUUUUGAAAUGGAUAUUUUGCCUUAAUACAUUUCUGACAUUAAAUUGAGUUAAAAUUG